AUGAUGCACGCCUUCACCCAAGGGAUGAUGGAUGGCGAUUUCUUCCGCUCGCUCAUCAGAAAGUCGCCGCGUGAUUAUGACCAUAUGUUGAAAAAGCCGAGCGAAUACAUCAACGUGGAGGAGGCGCAAGCGGCCCGUAAAAAGGAAACACCGACAGAGUUAGCAGCACCGCCUGAGCGGAGGCCUCAAGCUAUUCAUCAACCACCCAGAGGACCCCGGGUCGAGGGGAUGAGGCCGCAUCAGGAAUCAAGGUCGCACGCUGUGCAACACGUGGAGGUCGAAUGGCCUAAGUCGAGAGGAAAGGGGUACCAUCAAGUGCCGCUCACCCGUGACGAUCAGGAGAAAGUAAGUUUCAUAACUGCGGACAGCACUUACUGUUACAACGUGAUGCCAUUCGGAUUGAAGAACGCAAGUGUUACAUACCAGCGGCUCAUGAAUAAAGUGUUCCGAAAGCAGAUUGGGUGA